GUUGAGGGACGGGUGGCGGGGGCAUCGCGGUAUUCCAGACGACGGGGAACGAAAUGCAGAGCACGGGAACUGAGUGGUCACGGAACCUUAGGAGGCGGGGUGGGAGUCGAGUAGGAAGGAAUAGCGACUCUGCCUAGUGGAACACGCGACUAGGAGUUAGGGCCCUACGCGGCGCUGGCUGUGGAGACAACGCGAACACUGAGGGCGCCGGCCUUGAUGAAGGCCAGCCGAGAGGCCACGCGCCUCUUUGUGGGUGGCCUUGGCCAGAGCGUUUCUGCGGCGGACCUGCAGAGCCAGUUCAGCAGAUUCGGAGACGUGUCUGAUGUGGAGAUCAUCACUCGGAAAGAUGACCAAGGAAACCCACAGAAAGUCUUUGCAUAUAUCAACAUCAGAGUAGCUGAAUCAGACCUGAAAAAAUGUAUGUCUGUUUUAAAUAACACAAAAUGGAAAGGUGGAACACUACAAAUUCAAUUAGCAAAAGAAAGUUUUUUGCACAGAUUGGCCCGAGAGAGAGAAGAAGCACAAGCAAAGAACGAAAAAUCAGUACUAGGCAACACCAACUUGUUAGAAAAGAUGGGAAUGGUGGAUUUCCAUAUGAAAGCUGUGCCAGGGACAGAAGUACCAGGGCACAAAAAUUGGGUUGUAAGUAAAUUUGGAAGAGUCUUACCUGUUCUUCAUCUAAAGAAUCAACAUAAACGUAAAAUAAAGUAUGAUCCAUCAAAAUACUGCCACAACUUAAAAAAAAUAGGGGAGGAUUUUACAAAUGCCAUUCCUGUAUCCAAUCUCACUUGGGAAUUGGAAGGAGGGAAUGAUCCUAUGAGUAAGAAACGGCAAGGAAAAUUUUCUGACUUUUUCAGCCCUCCCAAGAAGAUAAUAAAAGUGCAGAAGGAUCAGAGUUCCACUUUGUCUCUGACUUUGAGACCAAGACCCGGGAGGGUAAUAAUGGAGAAUCCACACUUACCACAGCAACAAACCACACAAGAAAUACCUAAUGAUCCUGUUACUCUUAAAUCACCCCAAUUACCUGAUUCUGAUAGUCAGAAACUUAAAAGUGUGUUUCUUCAGACUUCUGGCUUGGAAAACACUGGGAACAAAAAUAGCAUCUCUGAGGAUGAUAUCGAUUCUGAAGAUGAAUUAAGACUAAUGAUCGCAAGAGAGGAAAACUUAGAGAGAACUACAUGGUCCUCAAUAAAUGAAUAUGAUUCCUUUGAAAUUGUAAGGGAUGAUUUCAAAUCAGAUGUUCACAAACUUUGUUCUUUAACAGGUUUAGGCAACAAAAAUGUCUCUUGUUUUGAUAGUGAAGAUAAUGUGGGAAGAGAUUACGACAAUGAUUCAGGAGAUACAGAUGACACUGCAAUGAAAAAAAAUGUUGGUAAGGUUAAAAAGAGUACAGGAUUUCCACAAAUGGAACAGUCUGUAUACAAGAAAAGUUCUUUGAAAAAUAGAAAAAAGUGUGAGCUUUCUGAUCAUUGUACUAAAGUACAAAAAAGCAAAACCAAUGUGGAGCUAGCCUUAAGUCAUAGAGUAAAGCAGCUUAGCUUUAAGUCCUUGUCCAACUCCAGUAGCAGUGAAGAUGCUGAUUCUCUGUCAGAAUCAGCCGAGUCUGAGGAAGGGAAGUAUAACGCCAUGAUGAAAAACUGUCUCCACGUGACUCUCUCUUUAGCUGAUUUGGGACAUUUGGCUGCCAGUGACCUGAAGGCUCCAAAGGAAGAUUCUGAGAGUGGUGGCUGGGAAACCACCUCCAAGUGUGACAGAGCCUCGAAGAGCCAUGGGACUUCUGGUGGCCUCCACAGAAGUCGACAAUGUAUUUAUCCUGAAGAGAUUGUGGCUUCCCUUUUAGAAGGAGAAGAGAAUACCCCUGGAAAACAGAAACCAAAGGAAAACAACUUAAAGCUAAAAUUCCAGGCAUUCAAGGGAGUAGGCUGUCUCUAUGGAAAGCAGCCAGUGAAAAAGUCCUUGAAAGAGAAUGUUGCCUCUAGCAAUAUUAAUAAAAAUGAGCAUUCCUUGAAGCUUGAGGAUCCCACUAGCAUGUCCUUGGAAAAGGGCUUGCCAUAUUCAAACGGCUCGUCAAGCAAACUGACUCCUUUCCAAGGUGCAAAGAAAGCAGAUGACCCAAACUAUAUCCAACCUCAAAAGAGACAGUUUACUUUUAAGACCCAGAAUCACAAAGUGCAGUCCCCUAGCAGUUCAGAAAAGGGAAGUAGAAAUCCUAUUUCUAGUUUGUUGCCAUUGAAAGACAAGAAGCCUCUAAGGCUUGGUGCAGAAACCUCCCUGAGAGGCUUUGAUGAAGACUGUUGCCACGGGACCACAAAGACAGGAGAGGACUCUGAAAAGAGGCCUGAUCUAACCAGCCACAUGGUUCCUGAGAAUUCCCCAGAGUUCUCCAGGAUGAACACUCAGGGAAGCAAAACUGACUUCCCAUUUUCUCUUAAUAGUUCAUCCAAUGUUUUUGCUAAGGAUAAGCAUGCUGAAGAUAAUCAGAAGCGUUUGUCAGCCUUAGAGGCAAGGCAGAAAGCAAAAGAAGUGCAAAAGAAGCUGGUUCAUAAUGCCCUGGCCAAUUUGGAUGGUCCUCCAGAGGACAAGCCAACACACAUCAUCUUUGGUUCUGACAGUGAAAUUGAAACAGAGGAGACGUCCAUUCGGGAGCAGAGCCAGCUGGUAGAGAAACCAGUAAAAGAGGUCCUGAGCCGAGCAUCCGGAACGCUGUUUGGCAGCAGCAGUGAGGAGGAGUCGGACCCUGAAGAGGACAGGAAUAGGUUCAGAAUCAAGCCUCAGUUCGAGGGUAGAGCUGGACAGAAGCUCAUGAAUUUGCAGUCUCACUUUGGCACUGAUGACAGAUUCCGCAUGGACUCCCGAUUUCUAGAAAGUGACAGUGAAGAGGAACGCGAAGACGUAAACGAAAAGAAAACUACUGAGAAAGAAGAGCUCGCUGCAGAAAAGCUGAAAGCCUUAAAUAUUGUGCAGAGUAUUUUGCAAACCAACUUAAGCAAUUCUGCAAGCAAAGGAUCAGUACCUGCUAAGAAAUUUAAGGACAUCAUACACUAUGAUCCAACAAGGCAUGACCAUGCCAAUUAUGAAAAAAAGAGAGAUGAUAAACCAAAAGAAAGUAAGGCAAUGCGGAAGAAGAAAAGAGAGGAGGCUGAGAAGCUACCUGUGGUGUCUAAAGAAAUGUAUUAUGACAUCACUAUGGAUUUAAAAGAAAUAUUUCAAACUACAAAGGAUAGCCAUGAAAAGAAAGACGCACCCUAUGUGGACUGUGAUGAAGAGAAAGCAAAGGAAGUCCAUGUCCCUGCAGCUCCAGUGAUGGGGGCCAAGCAGCCCAGCGGGUUCACAUUUUCCUUUUUUGAUUCAGACACAAAAGAUGUAAAAGAAGAGACCUAUAGAGUUGAGACAGUGAAACCUAGUAGGACUGCCUGGCAGGUAGCCCCUCGUUUCCAAGACAGCAGUUCCGAAGAGGACGAUGUUACUGAAGAAACAGAUGACAGGAAGUCCAGCCCCGGAGAAGUAUCAUUACCUGCAAAAGAGACCACUAGAUUUUUUUUUUUCUCUAAUAAUGAUGAAAGACUUCUUGUUCCAAAACAGGUGUUGAAGAGUGAACUUCGUGGGACUUUAGAAGAUGCUUCCACAAGUAUAAAGAUUGAAAGAGGGAAUGGGAAUGGGAAUGUGGCAACACAACAAAAUGCUUUGGAACAACUGGAACCUGACUAUUUUAAGGACAUGACAACAACUAUAAUGAAAACUCAGAAAAUCAUUAUUAAGAAGAGAGAACCAUUAAAUUUUGGCACACCAGAUGAUAGCACAGGUUUCUCUAGUAGAUUAGCAGCUACACAAGAUAUGCCAUUUAUUCAUCAAUCACCUGAACUAGGUGACUUGGAUACCUGGCAGGAAGAUACCAAUGCAUGGGAAGAGGAAGAUGCAGCCUGGCAAGCAGAAGAAGUUCUGAGGCAGCGGAAGAUAGCAGACAGAGAAAAGAGAGCAGCGGAACAGCAGAGAAAGAAAAUGGAAAAGGAGGCACAGCGGCUAAUGAAAAAGGUUCUGACUUAUUCUGGAGAGGAAUGGGAGGUAAUAUUAGUAGGAAUUCUUGGGAGGCCAGAACAAACAACCUGCGUAUGGAUUGUCGGAAGAAACAUAAGGAUGCCAAAAGGAGAGUGAAACCAAAAUAAAGUGUCAUUAUGGGUUUUGAUACUGAUUGUGAACAAGAUUCACCUGUGGAAAUUGAGUCACCUAGAAAAUAAUUUUAGCUAACAAGAACUUGGAGUUGAGGAAUAUUCAAAAUCCAGCUAAUGGAUACCAUCUGGUUGUUGCUGCUAUGUUUUUCUGUGGAUUUCCCCUAUUUCUACCUAAGUACUUCAAAAAAAUUAAACUGAACUUUUUUUUUUUUUUAAUGAAGCACAAGAUAGUCCCUCAAAUAAAAGAAAACUUUUUGUAUGUAAUCUCACUGCUCUCCAUCCUCAAUGACAAAUGGGCAUCUUUUGAUACAAGCUUUACAUAAAGCCUUUUAUAAUAUGUGGGUCAGCCUGGCUGGUGUCACUCAGUGGUUGAGCGUCAACCUAUGAACCAGGAGGUCACGGUUUAAUUCCCAGUCAGUGCACAUGCCUGGGUUGCAGGCUCUAUCCCCAGUGUGGGGCAUGCAGGAGGCGGCCGAUCGAUUAUUCUCUCUCAUCAUUGAUGCUUCUGUCUCUCCCUCUCCCUUCCUCUCUGAAAUCAAUAAAAAUAUUUUUUUAAAUGAGUCAGGGCACUUGUGUUUUUCAAGUUAGGUUUUGUGUGAAUUUUGGCUACUUGAUUAUUUAUUUCUGAUUGUACCAAGUACACUUUACCUCCGUUCUAUGUUUUUUGUUUUAAGAGAUUGAACACAAGUCAAACUUGAGUUUUGUACUUGCUUUCUGGUGAGUAGUGAACUGAAAUGCAGGAACUUCCAGACCAAUGUUCUAGGAGAGUUCUGGGAAGACCAGAAAAGGACAGCAAAUAGAGUUUUCCUAUCCUUCGCCUCCAGGAAUUGAUAGAGGCAAGCCCAUCAAUCCCACAAUUCUAGUUAGAGCAGAGGCUUAUGAAAAAUCCAAGUGUUUGAAAGGUAUGAAAUCAGGAGUCAGGACCUUAAAUCCCUAUAGGGAGGCAGAUUUAAUACCUUAUUAAAUCAACUGGGCUAGAAUGAAGACAAUCCUAUCAAACUUGGCUGUGUACAACAGUGUGUUUGACUUGGCCUGUGUGGCUCAGUUGAUUGAACGUGGUCUCCUGCACCAAAAGUUCUCCAUUUGAUUCCCUAUCAGGGCACAUCCAGGUUGCAGGUUCGAUCCUCAGUCAGGAUCUAUGCAGGAGGCAAACAAUUGAUGUCUCCCUCACACCACUGUUUCUCCUUCUCUCUUCCUCUCUCUCUAAAAAUCAAUUAAAAAUAAAACAUUAAAAAAUUGUGUUGUAUAAAUCCCAAGGGAUUAUCAUUGAAACUGUGUAUUUCUGUGCCCUAACCGAUUUGGCUCAGUGGAUAGAGCGUCGGCCUGUGGACUGAAAGGUCCCAGGUUCGAUUCCGGUCAAGGGCAUGUACCUUGGUUGCGGGCACAUCCC